CAGGUCGGUUGCUUCGACCUAGUGAUUCAAGCCGCCUAUUUCGUUUCUGGUCAUGACCAUGGCAAAAUCGGCCGUAAAGAAGGGACGAAAAAGAUUGACUCACCAAGAAGAUCCGAAAAUUAGGGAUGGGGUUGUCAAACUUAAAGAGAAACUAACAAGCAGACAGAAACAAAGGCUUAAGAAGCGUUUUCUGAAAUCUGAUGAACUUGUUGAAAAUAGGACGCCUCAAAAGGUACUUUUGUUGACGACCUUCUCUUUAUUAAGUUUACGAGUCAUCUGACAGUGUUCCUGCGACGCAAAGUGGAUUUCUUGAAAAUGAUGGUGACGAACUUAUGGUUGAUGAUUUUGGACGUCUAUCGGAUUUGGAAGAAGACAUUGAGACAAAUGCGGAUUCUGUAGGACCUGUAAAUGAAAAAGAGGAUAUGAUAACAAACCUCACUUCCGAAGAUGCGAUUGGAAAGUCUGCAAUGGAUUCCAGUACAUUAGACCAACGCAUUCGGAACUGGCUUUAUAUCCUCUCCGAUUUCAAAAACAGAGCACCUGCAGACCUCAGUAGGAGUUUGUGUGUUCGGACUCUGAUAAGCGACUUAUGUUCUCGCUAUUCGUACAACCAGUUCCUUAUGGUGAAACUUCUUGAUUUGUUUCCCAAAGAGAUUGUUGAGGUUUUAGAAGCUAAUGAAGUCGACAGACCAGUGACCAUUCGCACAAACACCUUAAAGACACGUCGCAGGGAAUUGGCUCAAGCUUUAAUAAAUCGCGGUGUAAACCUUGAUCCUUUGGAACCGUGGAGCAAAGUUGGACUUGUUGUUUAUUCAUCACAAGUACCAUUAGGCGCAACACCGGAAUAUCUUGCCGGUCAUUAUAUACUUCAGGGAGCUAGUUCUAUGCUUCCUGUAAUUGCCUUGUCUCCCCAGUUAGGCGAGCGUAUCUUGGAUUUGUGUGCUGCGCCUGGUGGGAAAACAACUUACAUUGCACAACUCAUGAAAAAUACUGGCACCAUUUUUGCAAAUGAAAUAAACCCCAGUAGAGCCAAAGCGUUGCUUGGAAAUUGUCAUCGUAUGGGUGUGACAAAUACUGUCAUCUGCACAGAAAAUGGGCGGAAAUUUCCAAAUAUUAUGUCUAACUUCGAUCGAGUCCUCGUAGACGCACCGUGUUCUGGAACUGGUAUAAUUGCCAAAGAUCCCUCUGUGAAAACCACCAAGAAUAAUGACGAAAUUCAGAAGUGUGUAGAAUUGCAGAAAAGGUUACUUGUAGCUGCUAUUGAUUCCUGCAAAGUUGGAGGUUACGUAGUCUACUCCACAUGCUCCAUAUUGGUAGAAGAGAAUGAGAAUGUUGUAAACUUUGCGUUAAGACGAAGAAAGGUACGUCUAGAGGAAACGAAACUGUUUGGGGAGAAGGGUUUCACUGCAUUCAAAGGCUAUCAGUUCCAUCCACAUAUGGUACGCGUUCGACGUUUUUAUCCACACAAGCACAAUGUCGAUGGAUUUUUCGUGGCAAAAAUGAAGAAAUUAGCGGCGGCUACUAAGGAGAAAAAAGUUUCUUAAGACUGGAUAUAUCUAGAUGAAGCACCAGGAUUACCAAGCUUUCAUCCUUGUUUGUGAAUAAACAACUUAACCUAACUUCA